GCCCUAAUCAAAUACUUACAAAACCUGUGGCUCUUUCUGUCAGCCGUUAAUCUGACUGGGUCAACCACAAGGUUAAGUUUUGAUGAGACAAUUACCCGCGUCCAGCAUUACUACGCUUUUCACGAAGAAGCCUCGUUGAGAGUUCACGGUAUCAAGGGCUCAACUUCCCAGACCCAAGGACCAGACUGAACACUAUCUGCUACUACACUGAACUCCGUGAAGAUGAUACUGGAAGGCCUCACUAGACUGAGGACAAAGGUGAUGGGACUCAAUCCAAACUUCAUUCUUAGACGUUGUAAGCCUUUUAACUCUCUUUGUUGAAAACUUCUUUUCCAGUAUGAGAGGAGGUAUUUAAACACGGACACUCCCAUGAUGCUCGACAUUUGCUUGCGUUUUCCCCGAUGUAUUAACGAAUUAUUAAAACGUGUCACAGGUACGAGCUAGAGGUACUUUACAAAUCCAGUGGCCUCGUACUACCUUCAGCCUACUUUAGGUGAUGUUGAUAUAAACUUGUGCGACCUUGCGAAAUUACCGAAGCCUUUGUCUGGUUGCUUAUCCAAGAAGCAAUUGGAUGAGAUCCGUCAGUGGGUACAGCAGUACGGUAAGAGUGUCGGACAGAAUACCACGAGGAACUUUUCAACAAAAGACAAGCCAGGCACCUUGCCAUUGAACCUGUACGAGUCUGCACCCCCGGAGCAACCUUCAGUUGACUUUGACGUGCUUCACAAUGAAGACAUCCCCGUUCAUCACCAAGAUACCAACACAGCUCGUAACAUUGUCAUCGCCCAGUCUACGUAUGUUGUAGUUUCCCGAAUAUACAAACCUAGUUCCGCUCUAAACAGCCCACUGUAUCUUACAAAACUAUUAAAGGAUGUGGUUGAUGACUAUGACAGUGCUCGUUAUGAAACAACUCUCUUUUACACCCAAGAUGUUGUCGAUCCUCUGCUAUUCACUACUUCGGGAGAAGAGCAUGUCAUCCCAAAAGAGGGCAUAAAGGGGGUUGUAAGUAGCAUUACAGUUGUUGACAAUGAAACUGUUGAAAUAGAUGAGGAGGAGUAUUAUCUGCUCCUGGCCUUG